AAGGGGUGGCACUACUUCCCCCCUGGCAGAAAUCACCCCACUCUCCCCUACUGUGUCUCUUCCUCCUGUAGAUUAUCAUCAUCUUAAAGUAAACCCAAUCUUUUCCUGUGCUUAUUAGAACAUUCUCAACGUCUUGGUGAACAGUGAGGCUUCACACAGAACAGGUGUGCUGACUCCUGUGCCAUGCUACUCCGUUUCCCUUAUGUCCAUAAGGGGGCUAGGAGCAGUUACCGUUCCCUACAACCUCAGGGAGGAGCAGGGCUGGGAGCUGCAGGUGGAGGAGCUGCAUCAAGCGCUGGAAUCUGCAAAGGGAGUCUGCGACCCUGUAGCUCUGUAUGUCAUCAACCCUGGAAACCCUGCAGGUUAUGUUCAAAGCAGGAAAUCAAUUCAAGAGGUGAUCCAGUUCGUUUCAGAGAAGAGGCUCUUUCUUCUGGCUGAUGAGGUCUAUCAGGACUGUGUUCAUGGGGAAAAUAGUGAGUUUGUCUCUUACAAAAGGGUUCUGGCUGAGAUGGGUCCUCCUCUUUCAGACACAGUGGAGCUGGCGUCCUUUCACUCAGCAUCGAAAGGCUUCAUGGGAGAGUGUGGUCUGCGUGGUGGAUACGUGGAGCUGGUAAAUCUGGACCCCGCGGUUAAGAAAUACAUCUACAACCUGUUCUCAACAGAUGCCUGUGCACCUGUGUUGGGUCAGUUUGCCCUGGAUCUGAUGAUGAAACCUCCACAACCAGGAGAUCCCUCAUACCCACUUUAUAGUGUGGAGACACAAAACAUCAGGACCGCGCUGGUUCAUAACGUUAAGAGAGUCCUUGAGGUAGUAAACAAUCUGCCGGGUUUCUGCUGUCAGCCAGCGAAAGGAGCAUUUGUGUUCCCCAGACUGCAUCUUCCACCGAAAGCCAUUCAGAAGGCCAAGGAAAUGGGAAUGCAACCAGAUGCAUUCUACUGUGUUAGACUACUAGAGGAGGCUGGUGUGAUUGUCAGUCCUGGUUGUGACUAUGGACAAAAGGAGGGCACCCAUCACAUCAGAUUUCACAUUAUGGCCCCCGAGGACACGAUGGAAGAAGUACUGAGACGCCUGUCUAGCUUUCACACACAGUUUAUGAAGAUUUUUUCCUAA